UGCUUGCUGCCGAACCGCCCAGCCCUUUUGCCCAAGUCACUUGUAAAAUCAUGGGGCAUAUUCCGUCUAUGGGAUGAAGACACUGCCAAAUCUUUUAAGAGUGGCCUGCACCCUGCGUUCCGCGCACUCCAGGCGAGGUACGGGAGUCAAAACGUCUCUGUCUUCUCUCAAUCCAGAGAUCAAGACCCCAAAAAAGAGGAAUACAAAGAGCUCCCCUUGUCGCAGGCCAUUGAGAACAUGGAACAAAUUGAAGAAUCACGACGCCAUUACAUCAAAGACUGGCACCUGUUCCUUCAGCUAGGAGAGUCACAGGCGCAACCUCUCUCACAAGAUCGUUGGCCCUCUUCCGCAGAAGAGUUCUACACCGUCCCAUACAUAUUCGAAGACGACUGGAUGAACCACCCAAGAGAAGAGAAGAAGCGUCGCGAUGACUUUCGAUUUUGCUAUGCCGGGCAAGCAGGGUCUCACACACGGCUGCACGCGGACGUCUACAUGUCCUACUCCUGGAGCACCAACAUUACUGGUCGAAAGCGCUGGCGCAUGUUUCCGCCAGCUUCUGCGCCCUAUCUUCGCCGCCUUCCGCCUGUGGACGCGAUGGAUGCGCUCGCAGCCGCGGGAGAGUUGGGCCCGCUAUCAUCAGGAAAAAAGGGAUGGUCGCGAUACUCGUGCGCACGCUCAGAGAUGAUCGAAUUUGUGCAAGAAGCUGGCGAAACGGUUUUCGUCCCAAGCAAUUGGUACCAUGAAGUGCUCAACCUGACCGAAUGUAUCAGCUUCAACCACAACUGGUGCAAUUCUGUCAACUUACCGGGCAUGUACGACGCGAUGAAGGACGAAGUUGACGACUUUGAGAGGAGGCUUGAAGAUGUACGCGUUUUGCUCAAGGAUCACGCGACAAGAACAGGAUCGCAGGUGCGAACGUGGCAGCAAGAAUGGACAGAGACAGUGCAAGAGGUCGUAGCCAAAGACAUGGGCUGGGCAUGGGCUGGAUUCUGGGCCAUGGUGGAGGUCAAUCUGCGCGAGCCGGUGUGCGACUCGCGCUUUCGCCCCGAAAACGCCUUCGUGCGCGAAAGGGUCAGAACAAUGAUCGAAGACUUUGAGCAGCGCGAAGACUUCAAAUGGCUGCAACACUCUGUGCAUACCUCCGUUCACAGUUGCAAGGUCUCUUUGGGCUUGACGACCGAGUAA